GCGCGCGGCGGCGGCGCGUUCCGUUCUGGGCCAAGGCUGGCGGCGUAAAAGUUGCCGGGCGGAGAGCAGCAGCUCCGGGACGGGCAGCGAGCAGCACGCCGAGCCGGAUCCCUGCGCCCGCGGCCCCACCAUGGACGAUCUGGAUUCAGAGUUCCAGGCAGGCAUUCCUCAGUUGCACGAGCCAGCAGCCCAGCCCUGUCGGUGGGAGCACUGAGCCAAGUACCCGACAUUUAGAGACGCCUUGCUGGCAGACUUGGAGUCUACUACCUCCCACAUCUCCAAACGACCUGUGUUCUUAUCCGAGGAAGCCCCCUACUCCUACCCAACUGGAAACCACACCUACCAGGAGAUCGCAGUGCCACCCCCAGUCCCUCCACCCCCAUCUAGUGAGGCUCUCAAUGGCACAGUCCUUGACCCCUUAGACCAGUGGCAGCCCAGUAGCUCCCGAUUCACCCACCAGCAGUUCUCUGAGCACUCUCCUUCCUGCAGCCUCCAUCCCCGUCACUUGUGUACAGCUCCAGUGCCAAAACUUCCAGUGCCUCCAACCCCCAGGACGGCAUCAGCUCCCGAGUGGGUGAGGAGGAGCACGUCUACAGCUUCCCCAACAAGCAGAAGUCGGCGGAGCCUUCACCUACUGUAAUGAGCUCCUCUCUGGGCAGCAACCUUUGUGAACUUGAUCGUCUGCUGCUGGAACUGAAUGCCGUGCAGCACAAUUCUCCAGGGUUCCCCGCAGAUGAGGCCAACACAAGCCCCCCACCACCUGCGGCCCUGAGCCCUCACUAUGGUAUUCCAGAGAAUAAAAGCCCCCUGGCAGGCAAAGCUGGGUCCCUGCCAAAAGAGAAACCCAAGCGUAAUGGGGCCCGGGGCCUAGAGGAUGUGCGGCCCAGUGUGGAGAGUCUCUUGGAUGAAUUGGAGAGCUCUGUGCCCAGCCCUGUCCCCGCCAUCACUGUGAAUCAGGGCGAGAUGAGCAGCCCGCAGCGAGUCACCUCCAGCCAGCAGCAGACGCGUAUCUCGGCCUCCUCCGCCACCAGGGAGCUGGAUGAACUGAUGGCCUCGCUGUCAGAUUUUAAGACCAGCUCUUCUGCUGUGGCCUUGAGCUCCCCAGGGCUGCUGCCCAGCUCGGCUCCAUCCUCACCUCAUACCCUUCCUGCUCCUUCUCCAUCUCCUCCCACGCCUUUCAUAUUCCUACCUUCUACCUCUACACCCAACCCUCAAGGCCAAGGCCACAUCCCAGAGGUCAUCUAUACCAAGGAAAAUAGGCAGAGCCUCUUACUUCCUGUGGCGCCCAACUGGCUUGAUUUGGCUGGCCUUGGGGUGAUGUCUGACACCUAUAAUUCAAGGUCUCCCUCUGCAGAGGGUUCUGCAGGGUCAUUUGGCACAGAGAGCCUGGCUCCAGUUAGGAGGGACCUUCUGAAUCCCAUGAGUGAGCCCUCUGUGGCUUCCCUUUGCCAUGUUCUACCUCCUGUUGGGAGCACAGUCUCCCAGGAGCCUGGAAUCCCUGAAGGGCCACCAGGUGACCUUUCGUGUCCAGAGGAGGCUGUGGUUGCCACUUGGAAGUGGCCACAGGUUUUGGAGGCAUCUAGGCCUGAGACUCCCAGCAGAGCUGCCUGCAGCUUUCAGGAAGUAACGGAGCCAGCUGUUGUGGCUUUGGAUCGUCAGGCCAUCUUCCCAGACACCUGGAGUCUCGCAAAGGAACACGGUCAGGAGGAGAGGGCAAGGCCAGAGCCAGGGGGGAUGGAAAACAGCUGCCCUGCCUCGGCCAAAAAGGAGCAAUUGGGUGGAGAGAGGCCCAGGAAGGGAAGCAUGGUGGUUCCGGCCCAGGAACCUGAGACCCGAAGGAGCCCAGAGGGCACAACUGAAGCUGCUGCCGAGGCCAGGAAGGAACAACCGGAGCUUCCACGUACCACGGUCACGGGCAUGCCCAGCACUGCGGAGAGGAUUUCUACCUCUAGCCAGAUCCGCUCUGUGAUCAGGAGGAGCCGGGAGACAGGCCACGCUCACCCCAUGUCCCGGGAGCCCUCUCCUCGCCGCCGGCUGGACCCCGCCACCCUGAGCAGGACCCCAUCCCAGGAGCAGCUCAUCGCAGAGCUGCAGGGCCGGCUGGGCAUCCAGCCGGAGGUGGAAGAGGCUGCAGGGCCAGCCGGGGCCUCCGCGCAGGACUGGCUGACCGAGGGCAUCGUCAUCACUGUGCAGCCUCGUGGGCGGAGGGCUGAGGGGCAGUUGGUAGAGAAGGUUGUCUUCCCUCCUGACUCUCCCAUUCCCCUGAGAAGAACCAUCUCUGUUCUGGCUUCUCCUCCUGUCCCUUCUCUCCAGCAUCACAGAGACGCCUCGGCCAACAGCUCUUCUCCCCUGGCCAGCCUGCCCACUCUCUCCCACCUGGGGCCCUCAGUCUCCACCCAUGGUUGCCCAGGGGUCCAGAGUGCAGGGGAAGAGCCCCAUGAUGAGGAUGGGCAGGGCUGUACCCCACCCACUCCUGCACCCCACACUGUGAAAUCUGUGGGCUGCCAGACCGAUGAGGACCCACUCUUCCCCCCGAUGCAGAUGCACGGCCUGGAACAGAGAGCGGAUGGAGAGUGGCAGUGGGCAGCUGGCUGGUCUCCAAGCAGCAGGCAGAGCAGCCCUGAAGGGCAGGACGAGGGAGGGUUCAUGGCCCAGGGGAAAGCCAGGAGCAGCUCACCACCUGGGGGACCCCCAAAGCCGGGAAGCCAGCUGGACAGCAUGCUGGGGAGCCUGCAAUCUGACCUGAACAAGCUGGGGGUGGCCACAGUGGCCAAAGGUGUCUGCGGGGCCUGCAAGAAACCCAUUGCUGGGCAGGUGGUGACCGCCAUGGGGAAGACAUGGCACCCCGAGCACUUUGUCUGCACCCACUGCCAGGAGGAGAUUGGAUCCCGGAACUUCUUUGAGCGCGACGGGCAGCCCUACUGUGAAAAGGACUAUCACAACCUCUUCUCCCCGCGCUGCUACUACUGCAACGGGCCCAUCCUGGAUAAAGUGGUGACGGCCCUUGACCGGACGUGGCACCCUGAGCACUUCUUCUGCGCACAGUGCGGUGCCUUCUUUGGCCCUGAAGGGUUUCAUGAGAAAGAUGGCAAAGCCUACUGCCGGAAGGAUUAUUUCGACAUGUUCGCUCCCAAGUGUGGUGGCUGUGCCCGGGCCAUCCUGGAGAACUACAUCUCAGCCCUCAACACCCUCUGGCAUCCCGAGUGCUUUGUGUGCCGGGAGUGCUUCACGCCUUUCGUCAAUGGCAGCUUCUUUGAGCACGACGGCCAGCCGUACUGUGAGGUGCACUACCAUGAGCGCCGCGGCUCGCUGUGCUCCGGCUGCCAGAAGCCCAUCACGGGCCGCUGCAUCACCGCCAUGGCCAAGAAGUUCCACCCCGAGCACUUCGUUUGUGCCUUCUGCCUCAAGCAGCUCAACAAGGGCACCUUCAAAGAGCAGAAUGACAAGCCUUACUGCCAGAACUGCUUCCUCAAACUCUUCUGCUAGGCAGCCUUGCCGUCACCAGCCCUUUUCCCAGCCCAGCAUCCCCCACUGCUACUGUGACCUAGAGACGUCGCCCAGGGCUGAGGGGCACACCUGGCAGAAACUGGAAGCCUCAUCCGCAGCCGGAGCAGGAUGGGAAGCAGGUCAUGGUCCAGCCUGCUUCUCUUUACACUCUCCCCAGCCUCCUGGCUUCUCCCUCCCUCUGCGGCUCUCCCCAGGCUGUCCACUUUUUUCUACCCAGGUGUGGAGCCUGGAGGAUCCCACCUCACACCACAUGUUCCCAUGGAAAGGUCUGGCCAGGCCAGCACCUCUCUCUGGAGCCAUGUGUACUCAUUUCAGUAGUGGAGCAGGGUGGGGAGGCAGCAGGUCAGCUGGGGUCUCUUUUUAUACUUAUUCUCCCCCCAACCUAAUAAUCCCUAGAGUGCUGGGGGACAGCCACCUGCCUCCACACAAUGCCAGCAUAAACCCACUCACCCACAGGCAGAAGUGCCCAAGGACCUACGUGUUUCUGCCUUCAGUCUCCCCAGGUCUUGGGUGACCUCCUCGUUUCCUGACUGCCCCUUUUAUAACUGUUUUGGUCCUACUGAGAAAGGCUUCUCCAGCAAUAAUGUUUUAUAGCCACUUCUUCCAUCUCUGGGGACGGCACGAGGUGGGAAGUGUCACCUGUGCCUGGACACUGUAUACCGACUUUCAUAGAUUUCUACACUGAGGUUUGCAUUCGUAUCACCCAAGUUGCUUUUACUUCUCUGUACAAGAUGACUUUGAAGAGAUUUUAAAGACUUCCCUUUUUGUAUUCUCCUCUUGUCCAGUGCCACUGGGGCUUUGGGGUGGAGUUUGCUUUGUACUAAGGGCUUGCGGUGGGGAAGCCGUUUGUAUUUUAUUUUUCUUAGCACAAGCAGGUGAACUGGGAGCAGCUCUGUGACUCCUUUUCUGUACCUUCACAGCGUACCUGGACUGUUUUAUAAACUGCUGUAUUUUGAAACUCCUUCCCUCCUGCCUGGGUCAGUGAGCACCUUAAUUAAAAGUGAUCUAAGGGUGCCUGGCUCAUCUUGCCCUGUUUCUGAGGGAGGAAAAGGGGGAAGUGUGCUUUGGGGGGCUGCAUGCUGUCUGUGAAAGCCAUGAGGAGCCUCUGCUCCCCAAUGAACUUCUUGGCAACAAAGAGAACCCACUGGACAUUCUCAGCCUCCUGCUUCUCUGGGGCUCGCUCCUCUGCCUUCUCAGGAAAGCUGGGACCUGACUCUGGCCACGAAGACCAUGCAGGUCUCUUUUGGUCUUGAUUUCACUGGCGCAUUACUUCCUCAGAUGUCCUGCCUUGCUGGAGACUGCCUUUGACGGGGGGUCGAUGCUCAGGAGGUCUGGGAAGAAGGCUCCAGCUUGGGCCUGGUGGGGACAGGAUCCUGCUGCAGCAGCCAGAAAUCCCAGAAUUCUUUCUCAAGGAGAAACAGGAGCAGCCAUGUCUGAGGUUCCUGGCCAGGGAAAAGGGACCCUCUACAGUGACACAUUCAGACCAUCCCACCAACCCGACCUUUGAGGCAGGGCAGGGAGUAGUCCAGGUCUGGGGAGGUCAGCCAGGACCCCCCAAAGUUCUGCCAUUUCCACUUCUACCCACAGGCCUUAUUGCUCUGUUUACAGUGACCCAUCCCAGGCCUCUCUCCAGGGGGCCUAGGAUUUCUGGGGUCCACUCACUGGGUUAAUGGUUAUUUGAUUUUUGAUUUAUUUUUCUCUAUAAAUUUCUAACCUGGCUUUUUCCAUUUCGAUUCCUGUGAUUUAUGCCAAUAAACUUUGUCAUUAUUUUCA